CCGCCUUCUGCCUCCUCCCGCUUGCCCUCGGAUAGCCGACGCCGCCACAGCUGCUGCUCCCGGACGCGGUGUCGGUGAGUCGGUUGGCGUGUCUUUCAGCGUCGGUGUCCGUGUCGUUGAACUGCCCGUCAUGGCUGAAUUAGACCCAUUCGGCGCCCCUUCCGGCGCCCCCGGCGGCCCCGCACUGGGGAACGGAGUGGCCGGCGCCGGCGAAGAAGACCCGGCCGCGGCCUUCUUGGCGCAGCAGGAGAGCGAGAUUGCGGGCAUUGAGAACGACGAGGCCUUCGCCAUCCUGGACGGCGGCGCCCCCGGGCCCCAGCCGCACGGCGAGCCGCCAGGAGGUCCAGAUGCUGUUGAUGGAGUGAUGAAUGGCGAAUACUACCAGGAGAGUAAUGGGCCAACAGACAGUUAUGCAGCUAUUUCACAAGUGGAUCGAUUGCAGUCAGAGCCUGAAAGUAUCCGUAAAUGGAGAGAAGAGCAAAUGGAACGCUUGGAAGCCCUUGAUGCCAAUUCUCGGAAGCAGGAAGCAGAGUGGAAAGAAAAAGCAAUAAAGGAGCUGGAAGAGUGGUAUGCGAGGCAGGACGAGCAGCUACAGAAGACAAAAGCAAACAACAGGGUGGCAGAUGAAGCUUUCUACAAACAACCCUUCGCUGACGUGAUUGGUUAUGUCACAAACAUAAACCAUCCUUGCUACAGCCUAGAACAGGCAGCAGAAGAAGCCUUUGUAAAUGACAUUGAAGAGUCAUCCCCAGGCACUGAGUGGGAACGGGUGGCCCGGCUGUGUGACUUUAACCCCAAGUCCAGCAAGCAGGCCAAAGAUGUCUCCCGCAUGCGUUCUGUCCUCAUCUCCCUCAAGCAGGCCCCCCUGGUGCACUGAAGAGCCACUCUGUGGAAACACUACGUCUGCAAUAUCUUAAUCCUACUCAGUGAAGCUCUUCACAGUAAUUGGAUUAAUUAUGUUGAGUUCUUUUGGACCAAACCUUUUUGUCUUUAGAGUUAAUCAUUGUUUGUGAUUGCAUGUUUCCUUCACCUGUGUUCUCCCUGGCAUUCAGAGAGUGGGGGGAGGCAGCAGGGGGAGGGAGGGAGGCCUCCCACCGGCAGUCUCAACCUACGCUCUCAUGCAUUAUUCUGAGAAUAAAUUUCUGUUUCAAACAAUAAA